CGUUGCUCAGAACCUUCACGUCUCACUCGCGUUAAACAGGUUUUUGUUUAGUUCUGUUUUACAUAUUAAAAACAACAAACACGGGCAGCGUAUGCUUCCGGUGUGGUGAGGUUUGUAAAGUAGAUUUUAUAAAUAACAGUUAACAUAUAAAUAUGUUAACUGAAGUAGACAGCUGACGUGGGAAUAAAUCGUGUUAGCCAAUUAGCUUGCUAGCUAACGUUAGCACGUCAGGCUAAUCUCCUUUGCGUUAGAUGGUUAAUCUCUUCAUCUUUCGUAUCGUUUUGUAGCUCUGGUGGAAAUGUUAACAAUAAACUGUGAAUAGCAGAAGGUAAAGGUGGUCUACAGCUGGAGAUUUAGAGUCGGAUAAUUUACUUGGAAGGUUUGUUUCUUACUUUUAUUACCCUUAAGAAAAGACAACCUGAAGAAAGAAAGAAGAUGGACAUCCAGCUCAACCGAGUCGAUUAUAUUCAGGUUGGUGUGACUUCACAGAAAACCAUGAAGCUGCUUCCAGCAUUGGGGAAAAAGGCAACACAAAAGGUUGCUAUCGCUGAUCAUGAUGGUAUACUGACAUGUUUUGGGAUGAAGAAAGGAGAAGCAGUGCCUGUGUUCAAAACACUGCCAGGCCAGAAAAUAUCCAGAAUGGACCUCGGAGGAGCGGCAGGAACUCCGCAGGAGAAGAUCUUUGUGUGUUCUGGUUCUCAGGUCCGAGGAUUUACCAAGAAAGGCAAACAGUUUCUCACAUUUGAAGCCAACCUAACUGAGAGCAUUAACGCCAUGCAUGUUGCAGGAGCAGAUCUUUUUGUGUGUGCAAGUUACAUCUACAACCACUACUGUGACUGCAAGGACCAGGACUACUACCUCUCUGGAGACAAGAUCAAUGAUAUCACAUGUUUGUCCUCUGAGAACCUGACUCGCAUUGUCCCAGUCCUGGCAUGCCAAGAUCGAGUUCUUAGAGUCCUGCAGGGAUCUGAGCUUGCCUAUGACAUCGAAGUCCCUGGCCCUCCAUCCGUCUUGGAACUGUACAACAAAGAAGAAGGAGACGAAGUCCUCUAUGGAACUACGGAUGGCAAAAUAGGAUUGGUCCAGAUUGGUAAGCGUUCGGCUGCGACCAAAUGGGAGGUCGACAAUGACAAAAAGAAAGGAGGAAUCUUGUGCAUUGACACUUAUGACAUUAUCGGAGACGGAGUGAACGACAUCCUGGUGGGCAGGGACGAUGGGACAGUAGAGGUCUUUGGUUUUGAAAGCACCAAUGAGCCCACAUUACGCUUUGAGCAUGUGUUGUCAGAGAGUGUGACCUCUAUCCAGGGCGGCUGUGUAGGGAAGGAGUCGUAUGAUGAAAUCUUGACUGCAACUUAUACAGGUUGGGUGACUGGUUUGACCACUGAACCCCAGAAGGCUGAAGCUGGCCCUGGAGACGAGGUCAGGAUGAGUAAGGAGACGCAGUCCAAAGUAGAAGCACUCAGGGCCGAGCUGGAGCAGCUGCAGGUCAAAGUCCUGCAGGGCCGUGAGCAGUACCAGCAGACCUCACAGUCCAGCACAGCCGUCUCUGCCGUUCCAUUCUUCAGCAUCAAUGACAAGUUUACCCUCUGCCAGGACGAUGCCAGCUACAGCCUGACUCUGGAGGUGCAGACUGCCAUCGACAAUCUGCUGCUCCAGAGUGACGUCCCCAUAGACCUCCUGGAUGUGGAUAAGAACUCAGCUGUUGUCAGUUUCAGUGAGUGUGAUUCAGAGCAGCCUAAUGGGAACUUCCUCCUGGCCACAUACAGAUGUCAGGCUAACACGACCAGACUCGAGCUCAAGGUGAGGUCCAUUGAGGGACAGUUUGGGACCCUGCAGGCUUACAUCACCCCCAGACUGCAACCCAAGACAUGUCAGGUCCGCAAGUACCAGAUCAAACCUCUGUCCCUCCACCAGCGGACACACAGCAUCGAUCAGGAGAGGCCCAUGAACAGACUAAGUCUGGUGGGACAGUUCAGCUUUGCGGAGAUCCACUCCUGGGUGGUCUUCUGUUUGCCAGAGGUGCCAGAGAAAACACCAGCAGGAGAGAACAUCGCUUUCUAUUUCCAUAACACUUUUCUCGGGACGCAGCUUGAAGCCACCUACUGCAAAGGGGAGGGUCACUUCAGGUCAGACAACAUCUCCACCAUCUCCAUACUGAGUGACGUUCUCUCUAAAGAAGCUACCAAGAGGAAAAUUAAUCUCAACAUUUCAUAUGAUAUCGAUGAUGAGUCAGUGAGCCACACUCUGAAGAUGAUUCAUCCAAAGCUCGAGUACCAGUUGCUGUUGGCGAGAAAAGUCCAGCUAAUUGAUGCACUUAAAGAGCUUCAGGUUCAUGAGGGGAACGCUGACUUCCUAAUCCCAGAGUAUCGCAACAUCUUGGACGAAUCCGCUAAUCUCCUCGAGGAGUAUAAGAAGCAGCCUGCACACCUCGAGAGGCUUUACGGAAUGAUCACGGACCUGUUCAUCGACAAAUUUAAGUUCAAAGGCCAAAAUGUGAAAACUAAAGUGUCCUCAUUGUUGGAGAUACUCGAUAAUUACGACUUAAAUUCUCUGUUAGACUUUUUCAACGAGGCAUGAUGAAAUAUAGAUAAGAGGGUAUUUAUUUACUUGUAUUUAAGCAAUGUUGUCUUGUAAAUACAAAAAAUAUAUAUUGUUUAUUAUAGCUGCAAGUAUAGUAGCAGUGUCAAUGCCAUUCUGUCAUACUGACAUGUAGAUAAUAUUUGUCCUAACUUUGGUAUUUCUAAUGUCUUUAAAUAGCAUCUAAAACGAAGGUGGUGAUGAAUAAUUCACGACAAUGUUGCCAGGAUAGUUAAGGGACUUCUUUAAUCCCUUUUUGAUCAUGUUGAAAAUGACAAUGACCAAAUAUAUGCCAACAAAAAGCACAAAGUUUUUGUUUGUUUGUUGCACAAUAUCAUAGUAAUGUGACUUCCCCCUCUUGAAAUAAAAGUUGAUGGACCAAAAAAUGAAUAAAAAUACAACUAAGACUA